AUGGAAGUGAAAAAGCUGAGCAUUUCCUGGCAGUACUUGAUAGUUCUGAUUCUGAUCCUGCAAAUUUCGUCUGCGUUGGCUUUUGACCCAUACCAAAUCCUGGGGGUCACCCAAAAAGCCAGUCAGGCUGAUAUUAAAAAGGCUUAUAAGAAGCUUGUCCGGAAAUGGCAUCCCGACAAAAACAAGCAUCCUCAAGCAGAAGACAGGUUCAUUGAAAUCAGCAAAGCUUACGAGAUUCUUUCCCAAGAAGCAAAGAGAUCUGAGUAUGACGCCUUUGGAUCUGGCGGAGAGAACACGGACUUCCCGCGGCACCAUGAGCAUCGCUUCCGCCAGCACGCAGGAAGCUUUUAUUUCGAAGAAUCUUUUAUGCACUUCCCCUUUGGUUCUUCGGAUCACCAGGAGCCCAUUGAUGAGAAACAUUUAUUGCACUUUUCACAUUAUGUGAAUAAAGUGGUCCCCGAUAGCUUCAAGAAACCCUACCUCAUUAAGGUCAUCUCCGAUUGGUGCUUUACCUGUGCCCACAUAGAGCCUGUUUGGAAAGAAGUCGUUGAAGAACUGGAAGUAUUGGGUGUGGGCAUUGGCGUGGUCCAUGCCGGGUACGAGAGGCGCCUGGCCCGCCACCUGGGGGCACAGAGCACACCCUCCAUCAUCGGAGUCAUAAGCGGGAAAAUCUCCUUCUUCCAUAAUGCGGUUGUCCCGGAGAACCUGCGGCAGUUUGUAGAGAAUCUUCUUCCAGGGAACUUGGUGGAGAAAGUUACAAACAAAAAUUAUGUCCAAUUCCUCUCUGGCUGGCAGCAAGAUAAUAAACCACAUGUCCUUCUGUUCGACAAAAUCCCGGAUAUACCACUGCCAUUCAAGCUGACUGCGUUUGCACACAAAGACUGGUUCUUAUUUGGGUACGUGCAUGUCGGUACGAGAGGGGCGGAAGAGAUGACGAGGCAGUUCAACGUCAACGUCCAUGCUCCCACCAUCCUGGUCUUCAGAGAGUACACAGACAAGCCUGCAAACGCCAUCCAGGCCCCACAUAUGAAAAAAGAGGCCAUUAAUAACUUCUUCACCCAAAACAAGUAUCUGUUUGCAACCAGGCUCACCAACCAGAAGCUGUUCCAGGAACUCUGCCCGGUGAAGCGGUCUCACCGCCAGCGGAAGUACUGUGUGGUGUUACUGACUCCUGAGGCCGCCAAGUCCAGUCAGCCCUUUGAGGCCUUCCUGUCCUUCGCGAAGGCAAACUCACAAGACAUGUUGCAGUUCAUGCACGCCUACAGCGAUCGGCAGCCGGAGUUUGCCAACGCCUUCCUGCCGGACAGCGAGGCGUUCCGAGGGAAGUCGGUGGUGUCUAUCUUAGAAAGGCGCAACAUGGGGGGCAGGGUGCUCUUUAAGACCCUGCAGGACCCCUGGACCGGGAGCGAGAGUGAUAAGUUCGUCCUCCUGAGUUACCUCGAGCAGCUGCGGAAAGACUCCACUCUUCUGUCCUCGGAAGCUGUGCUCCCCGACUUGAUCGAUGAACUUGCCCCUAUGAUCCUCGUUCGGUGGCUUUUCACGGCUGCUUCCUGCAUCGCAAGCUGUUUGGAAGACCUGUACCACAACAACUGGCGGGAAAUGAUUCCCCUCCUGUCCCUGGCCUUCUCCACCAUCUUCGUCCUCUUCGGCACCUUCAUCAUCCAGGCCUUCUGUGACUCCAACUAUGAUCGUGAGUCAAAACAUCCCGACAAAAGGAAAGCCCAGGAGAAGGCCGAGAAGACCGUGUCCAGCCUCACCAAAGAGAGCACCAGCAAGGUCCCUAAAAAAGGCUUCGUGGAGGUGACCGAGCUCACGGAUGUGACGUACACCAGCAACUUGGUGCGCCUGCGGCCAGGCCACAUGAACGUGGUCCUCAUCCUGUCCAACUCCACCAAGACCAGCCUCCUGCAGAAGUUUGCACUGGAGGUCUACACGUUCACUGGGAGCAGCUGCCUGCACUUCUCCUUCCUGAGUCUCGAUAAGCACAGGGAGUGGCUCGAGUACCUGCUAGAAUUUGCUCAGGACGCAGCCCCCAUUCCAAACCAGUACGACAAGCACUUCCUGGACCGCGACUACACGGGUUACGUGCUGGCUCUGAACGGCCACAAGAAGUACUUCUGCCUCUUCAAGCCCCAGAAAACCGUGGAGGAGGAGGAAGCCCUGGGGGCGUGUGAUCCGGACCCCUCCCUGUCCGAGGGGGAGUCCCGAGGGAAACCCGGCGGCCUGGGGCCCAAGCCCCUCAAAGGGAAACUGAGCAAGCUGUCCUUGUGGAUGGAGCGCCUGCUGGAAGGCUCCUUGCAGAGGUUCUACAUCCCGUCCUGGCCUGAGCUAGACUGA